AUGUGGAGUGCGCCGGCGAUGGAGCCGCAGCCCUCCGGCACACCAGAAACUUCUGGCCACGAUGCAGGCGCAGAACGCUUGCCACAAGAUCGACAGCGUUCUAUUCAGUCCUCAUCUACUAAAGUCAGGGGUGAGCAAUUCUUCAGAAGCCGGGCAGGCAGCUACCGAGGCCCGAACGCCUAUGAUCAUCAGUCCAAUUGGGCCCCAAAUGAUGCUUUCGACCGAGAUGUACAGUUGGUACAACCUGCAUCGAGUGGGACGUCAUUCUCAUCGUCAAGCCAACCUUCCGCACCACAUGCUCCUAUCAACGACUCCCCAAACCUUCUCAUAUCAUCAUGUGGUUAUCAAAGUACACGGCACUUUGUUCAAAGUUCACUUGUCCAUUCUCGCAAAUGGAAAAGAGGCUUCGCAAAGGAAGUGCAUGGGGGUAUCCCUGUACUCCAUGGAUCUGAAGGCUCCACAACAGACCCCACAGGAUUAUUAGGUGCCAUAUAUAACACCCACACAGUAUUUCUACCAUCACUUCCUUUCCUUCAAUAACAUCUAUUCUCGGGGCUUCCAAGUCUAAUUUGAGUUCUCAGCAUACGUCACUUUGCCGGAGUGGUUAACGAGAUCGCCUGCUAUUUAUAGUUGUUAGCGGUUGGGCUUUGCCCGCGUGUGUUCGAAUCGCAC